CAUUGUUUUCAAUCCGAAUGUGCAUUCCAUCUACUCCAGUCAACAGUAUAUAAAGAUGCUGCAGGUGGAUGAGAGGCACCCGGGCACAGACCAGUUCGCUGCACCAUGGCUUCCACAGAGGUGCUACUGCUUCAGCUGCUCCUGGUCUCACUGGCGUCUGCGUCACAUAACUUUGGGGGAAUGGCGACCUACACCUACAGAGGACAGAACCCUGAUGGAACGUUUAGGGUGGACCUUCGCAGCAGGUCAACGUUCAGGUGGUGUGGCUACACUCACUGGUGGCACUGUUACGGGAGCAACUGUGGCAAUGUCUCUAUAACCCAGUUGGGUUAUAUCGACGCCAACGCCAACGUAUCACGAUAUGGACACACUUGUGAGAUUGAAACCAUCACUACGACUGAUGUCAGAAGUGACAAACCUUUUCAGAUGAGGGCAGAUAGCUGCUGCUGGGUGAGUGCGGCCAAUCCGGUUCGCAAUUGGCAUCUGCUGACUGAGGUAGAUCUGGGAAAAAGGUCUGACACCAAGCAACCAAACAGAUCCCCAGACAUCGCCAUCCUACCUUUCCUCCGAGUUCCUCAGAACUGCCCCAGGACAUACAAGCUCACGUCUUUUGAUCCUGAUGGGGACAAAGUUCGAUGUCGAUAUGGACAAGUCAGGGGGAAGGAGUGCAGCUCUUGCAACCUGCCUUCAGGCUUCCUCUUAGACCAGGACUCUUGCAAAUUGCACUACAACAACACCCGAGCUGACACCAGGGUUCUUGGAUUUGAGUUGGUGGUGGAGGAUUUCCCACAAGGCUACAUCAAUCUGCAAUACAGAGACGGGUCCAGAUCCGUCCGGGCUCCUCUGACUUUGAGGAGAGGAAAGAGAGCAGUCACCUCUUGGUGUUUUUGUGGAUCUUUUAUACUCAAACAACCCUGCAUGUACUUUGAAAGCCUCUGGCAGAAUCCUUAA